AGUUUAUCAAUCAUUCAUUUUCUUUAUAAAAACAAAAGCUGAUUGAGCGCAGCCAAAUCUAGAAGAAGAAGAGAGUAGCUCUUUCAUCUCAUUACGUCUUUUCUAUUUGCAUUCAGUUCAGAAUUUUCAUGGCAGAAGCCAAAAACUAGGUCCUUCUCUGGGAAAGGAUUAUGUUUUUUGUUGAGUUCAGAUCAACAAAACUUAUUCAGAUUUGAAGUUCUAAAUAUUUUGAAGCAUGUAACCUUUGGUGACAACAGCGUGCAGUCCUUGCAUCUGGCUUAUGACACAAAGUGAGCCUAGCAAGGGAAUUGGAGAGCGAUAUCCUAUAGCAGCAUUUCCAGCUCAUAAGAUUCUGAGCAUAAAAUCUGAAGGUCAAUCAUCGAUGGCCGGUGAAUGUUCAUCCCGACUUUCAUUUCCCUUCAACUCUCCAAGGUCUGAUGCUAAGAAUGCAUCUUCAAGUUCUUCUGUGUUCUGUACCAGUUUAUAUUUGUCAUCAUCGUCAACAUCCGAAACGCAACGGCAGCUCGGUAAUUUGCCAUUUCUUCCACACCCUCCCACACGCCACCAGUUCAUUUCCUCUGUCGAUUCAUCAAAAUCUCCGGCCAUGUUUAGUGAGGAUUUGAACAAUCCAUAUAAUGAGGGUCACUCUGAAAUUAUCAUGAAGGACUUCCUUAAUCUGCCUGCAGAUGCUUCCUCUGAUGGUUGCUUUUAUGGUAUGCAUUGUGAAAGUGAUGAUUUUGGCAUCACAACUGAGCAGUUAGAGUUACAGUUUUUGUCUGAUGAACUUGACAUUGCUAUCACUGACCAUGGAGAAAAUCCCAGACUUGAUGAAAUAUAUGAAACAUGUCCACCUUCAUCAGCAAAGCCAACUGUAGAGUUGAAAUGCAACCAAAACACUAAUUCUGUUUCACCAACGAUUGAUGGUCCUGCAAUGUCUGGAGCAGCUGCGGCCGUUCUCAAACCAAGAAUGAGAUGGACUCCUGAGCUGCAUGAGCGUUUUGUUGAGGCUGUCAACAAGCUUCAUGGCCCUGAAAAGGCAACUCCAAAGGGUGUAUUAAAGCUUAUGAAUGUUGAAGGUUUGACUAUCUACCAUGUGAAAAGCCACUUACAGAAAUAUCGACUUGCCAAAUAUAUGCCAGAGAAAAAAGAAGAGAGGAAGACUUCUUCUAGCUCUGAAGAAAAGAAACCAGCUUCAAGCAGCAAUGAAAGUGAUGGAAAGAAAAGAGGGGGAAUGCAUAUUACGGAAGCUUUGCGCAUGCAGAUGGAAGUACAGAAACAAUUGCAUGAACAGCUGGAGCUACAAAGGUCGCUUCAGUUACGCAUAGAAGAACAUGCAAGGUAUUUGCAGAAGAUGUUGGAGGAACAGCAGAAAGCUGGCAAUGCCUUAAUUCCGAACUCAAACUCUGAACUGCCAUCAAAGAUUGCAUCAGAAACCGAGCCUUGUGAGUCCAAAACCGAGUCACCAACAUCUCUACCAUCAAAGCAUAAAGCUCCCAAUGUGGAGGAUUGUAAACUGAAAUCAAGUCCGAAAAGGCUUCGUAUGGACGAAGCUGAGGCCGAGGUAGAAAAUCCUGAGCAGUAACAAGUGGGAAUUUUGAUUUGGUUUUGUAGAUCCAUCCACUGUAGAAAGGUAGUAAUUGAAUUUAUGGCGUAUCUAUGGCACCUGGGAAAUUUGGACAGAAGCAAAUUGUUUCUGGCCUGGGUCAAGCUAUUGAAUUUUUAUUUCUAUUACUCCUAACGGAUCAGCUAAGCUUCACUUUCUAUAUUUUCAUUACAAGAUCCAGAUGGUCAUAUAUGUUAAUUUGUGUAUUCCAUGUCAUGCUUACGCUUUUUUUGUAUUGUUGUGUCUAUCUGUUGUAUAAUAUAAAAUCUUCUGUUAA